CGGUGCAGGUCUAUACCUCCAAUUUUAAAAGGCUAAGGUUGCUCUGAAGGACACGUUUGGGGCAAUGCGGAGGAGAGGAUGUCGUUGAGCGACCCCUGGCAGGCAGCAGACUACUGUACAUCCGACCCGCCGCAAUGAGCGCAUCCUUUCAGAAAUCUGAGUCCACCACCUCGCUCCUGAAAUCUUCAUCUUCGUCCGCGAGGAGACCGACACACCUCCCCGAGCAACCGGCAGAGAGCCGGAGACGUCAGCAUCAGCACCAGCACCAGCACCAGCAGCAGCAUCAGCAUCAGGAUGCUGCACUUCACGGCAGCAACAAGGGGGAAAGGUCUCUGUGGGCGGCCGAGGGCGACGUGAGCGCCCACAGACCCCUGUGUCAUCCCUCCCUCGUCAGCAGCCAGGAUGGUAGUAACAAGUGCAGGUCACGUGCCCCCCCCCACGACCAAGUACCCGUCCCGUCGGAGCCGAAUAACGCGGAGGCAGAGUGGGAGCACAGCCAGACCCCCAGGCCGACGCACCGCCACCAUCACCGCAGGAAGCCCCCGCCCCGGGGGGGCCGCCCGCCGGCCGCCGUGCCUGCAGGUUGUCACUCGCACAGCCGCCCGCUACCGAGGGUGCCUUCCCUGUCGGACAGCACGGAUGAGCGGACGCCCCUGGUCGACCCCCGGGGGCGGCGGCGCGGCCUGGCCCGGGGUCAGGAGGUCAGCAGCGCGUCCACGUCCACCUGCUCGCUGGUCCCGCCGUCCAGCAGGUCGUCCCGGCGCUCACGCAGGUCCAGCGCGGUUUCUUCUGCAACCGAUAUCCAUUUAAGGACCAUCCUUAACACACUGUUUGGACAGGACAGAGAGCUGCGUCCAGAGGAAAUGGAUGAGCUGCGGGAUGCUUUCAAAGAGUUCGACAAAGACAAAGACGGCUUCAUCAGCUGCAAAGAUCUGGGGAACUGCAUGAGAACGAUGGGGUACAUGCCCACCGAGAUGGAGCUGAUUGAACUGGGUCAGCAGAUAAACAUGAACCUGGGAGGUCAUGUUGACUUUGAGGACUUUGUGGAGUUAAUGGGCCCCAAACUCCUCGCUGAAACUGCAGACAUGAUUGGAAUAAAGGAGUUAAAAGAGGCCUUUAGGGAGUUUGACACAAACGGAGAUGGUGCCAUUAGCACAUCUGAGCUCCGAGAUGCAAUGAGGAAGCUGCUGGGCCACCAAGUUGGGCUUAAAGAAGUGGAAGAUAUCCUAAGAGAAGUUGACUUGAAUGGUGAUGGACUUGUUGACUUUGAAGAGUUUGUAAGAAUGAUGUCUCGCUAAGAUCAUGAAAAUGAUCGUUCCUGAAUGUGAAGUGAUGUCCUUCUUCACUCAAAACCACAUACAGCCAAGGACAAACCAAGAUCCUCUGAGCCAUCCACGUCUAAACGACACUGGAAUUAAAACCCAUUGAAUGUCAUGGAGCAAGGAGUCACCUCUUACUUUACAUCAAUAACUGUUCUUCCUAAACAAACAAAAAAAAAGAAUCUCUUGUUUAACUGAGGCAGAAUUUUCUGUAGCAUGGGUAAGGACUGCAUUAUUUCUGUUUCUGUUUUCUUUUUUGCACUUUAAUGCUCACAAACGAACUUCCUGUGUGGAUCAACUAUUGAUGUCCCGUCUCAUCCUCGACACAGUUUCAUUAAGCGUCUUGCAAAAUGUUGUUUUUGUUGUUAAACAGCGUCAAAAUAAGAGACUCGAUGUAGGAAAGAUGUAAAAGAUCAACACUGUUGAAUGUUUCACUAUAUACUCACAUCGUACGUGCUAGAAGUCGUAUAUGGAAGCGCCUCUGUGUGACAGCUGUGCAUCACAGAGGAAACCGUGUGGAAAUAUCACAAAUGUAAUGUAAAUGUGUGACCGUCCGUGUGUACGUUUUCACCGUCCAGUCCAAUGAAAAGCGUCACUGUCUGACCUGCAGCAAAGAAAAAAACCUCUGAAAUGAUUUUCCUAUUUGUUGUUCACUCCCAGUACUCGAGUUGAGGGGGGAUGAGGGGGGAUGGCACCCCCCCCUGCAAAAAAAAACAGUUAAAAUCAUCCCCCCUGUAAAACUGCCAUCCCCCCUUUCCAUCCCUUAUGUCAUUUCAUCAAUGAAUGUGGUUUUACUGCUAUUUCAACAUUUAGAGUCAUCACCAGUAAAAUAACACCAGAAAAAUAACUUAUUUGAACAUUUUUACCUGUUUCAAGUACAUUUUCACUUGAAAUAAGUAGAAAAAUCUGCCAGUGGGACAAAAUGUAUCUUCUCAUUACAAGCAAAAAAAUCUUGUUCCACUGGCAGAUUUUUCUACUUAUUUUAAGUGAAAAUCUACUUGAAACAAGUGAAAAUUGUUGUUUUUUCCAGUGAUGAGUCUUGUUUUAAGUGUAAUGAGAUUUAUUUUACUAAAAUGAGACAUUUUGACUAGAAAUAAGACAAAUAUUCUUGUUGGGAUUUUGAGUUUUUGCAGUGAUCCAUUUUACUUACUUCAGAAAACUGUUUUUUAUUGUUGUGUUUUGAUGUAUUUGAUGUAAGCCCAGUGGAUAUUUAAAGCUUACAGAAGGCUGCAUUUAACUGCUGCUAUGUCAUUCCUGCAGUAUUUCUGCAGGUGUUUUGGUCACUGCUAUUAUUUGUAAUAUAUUAUAUUAUUUGUAAUCAGCACAAAUUAUCUGUCCCCAUAUGAUAAAAUCCACCAUCCCCCCUGAUUUCUUUUUACAACUCGAGUACUGUUCACUCCAUAUCAAGGGCAACAGAGUAUUUACUGAAGGAAGAUGUUCAGCCCUCUUAAAGUCUAUAUCCAUAAACCCAAAGUGCUCACUGACACUGACGAGCAAGGCUUGUAGCAUUAAUGAAUCACCAGACCUUAAGUCUUUCAGUGCUUACACGUAUAACUACCCAAACCUGAAAGUACUAAAAAAUCUGUUUACUCUACAUGAAGAUACACAGAAGGAAUGACAAAUAUGAUUUGUACUUACAGUGGAUCUAACUAUGUUGUAUCUGUACUGUGUGCUGUUGUUAUGAUUGUAUUCACUCACUGGUCACUUCAUUAGCUGUGCCUUUUCAAGUGCACGCUGAUGCAAAUAUCUAAUGAGCCAGUUCAGUUCAGUUCAGUUCAGUUCAGUUCAGUUCACACUGAGCAUCAGAAGGAGCAAGAACUGUGACUUCAUAUGUCACUGUAGUUGUGACGGGGCUGUCAGAAAUGAAUGAUCUACUGGGAUUUUGAAUGCACAACCAUUCCUCGAGUUUACGGGAUAUGCUGUUAAAAAGAUGUCAGAUGAGAAAGACCAAACUGGCUCUAGAUGAUAGAAAGGCGACAAUAACACUGGUAAAACCCAAAAUAUGCAGAUGACUGCUAUCUGAUAUCUGCUAACACAACCUAUAUACAGUACUGGAGUUGAGGGGGGGAUGAGGGAGGAUGAGGGGGGAUGGCAUCCCCCCCUGAAAUAAAAACAGUCAAAAUCAUCCCCCCUGUAAAACUGCCAUCCCCCCUUUCCAUCCCUUAUGUCAUUUCAUCAAUGAAUGUGGUUUUACUGCUAUUUCAACAUUUAGAGUCAUCACCAGAAAAAUAACAGCAGAAAAAUAACUUAU